GACGUCACUUCCGGUUGCAUCGCGGAUUGCGGAAGCGAGUUUGUACAAAACAAGAAGCGAUGGAAGUGUAGAGGAAGAACACAGACGAUUUACCGCAGAUCCAGGGUCGGCCCGUGAUUUGGGGGCUUACUUUGCGUCUUCUGGUGGUAGUAAUGUUGCAAAGAAGCUGCGAUGGGGCGGCUGAAGCUCUUCGAGAUCGCCCUGGACGGCGAUAAAGCUGUGUACGAACCGACCGAAGUUGUGAGCGGCCAUGUUGUUUUGGAACUGCGGGGAGAGAUGCGACUCCGCUCGCUGAAGGUGGACAUCCGCGGGCUCGCUAAGGUACACUGGACGGAGUCCCGCGGCAUGGGCACGGAGACGGGCUCCUACACACAACACUUCACCGACGAACUGGAGUACUUCCACAUGGAAGAAACGCUGCUGGGAAACGGAACAGACUCUGAAUCCGAGGCAGAGGACGACCAGCCACUGCUGACUGCAGGAAGACACCAGUUCUCCUUCAGUUUCCAGCUCCCAGAUGAGCGACUCCCAACAUCCUUUGAGGGUAAACACGGGAGCGUCCGGUACUGGCUGAAGGCGGAGAUCGACCGACCCUGGACGCUACCGUCCAAAGUGAAACGCGACUUCACAAUCAUCGACCACAUCGAUAUCAAUGACACAUACCACCUGACUCCGACAGGUGGAAGCAGGGAGAAGACCUUGUGUUGCUGGCUGUGCACAUCUGGACCUGUCAGUCUGAGUGCAAGAACAGACAGGCGAGGGUACUGCCCAGGAGAAUCCAUUGCAAUAUCGGCAGAGUUUGAGAACCACUCUUCACGACGGAUGAUUCCCAAAGCAGCGCUGUACCAGACUCAGUGUUACAGGGCAGGCGGGAAGACGCGAACGGUACGAGAGAACGUGGCGCACAUGAAAGGCGAGGCCUUGUCUGCGGGGGACACUGUACAGUGGGAGAACAGACUACUGCCAGUGCCUGCCCUCACACCCUCUAUCAUCAGCUGUAGUAUCAUCACUGUGGAAUACUCUCUCAUGGUGUUCCUGGAUAUUCCAGGUGGGAUGAACCUGAUCUUGCACCUGCCCAUCGUCAUAGGAACCGUACCUCUGAGCAGACAACCCUACCCCAUCCACCUGUACCCCAUGGCUGGCAUCUCAACACCCUUCGCUGAUGCUCCCCUAGUUAUGAUGAGUGUAUGGCUGGCCUGCCCUCCCCUGACAUCCCUGUGGCCGCCCCACCAGGCAGAGUCACCCUCAACCCCGGCGAGCCUCCUCCCAACUACUCACAGGUGGAAGCUGCAUCCUAAGAAAGUCCAGGUCAGCUAGUGCUGGUUUAGACAUGGAAGUAGAAGUGGAGACAGUGGUGGGAACUGCACACAUGUAUGCCUUGGAGAAGUGAGGCACUUACUAUAACCACCAGUCAACAGUAGCUUUUUAUAACCUUGCAGAAGGCUGAAGUGUUGCUUUAUGAUUGUGCUUUACACCAUUGUGGCUUUUAUCAGAUUAAAUUAUUACACUACAUCUAAGUGUAUACAUGCAAUAUGUAAUAGAUGAUAAAUACGAAUGCCCCUUUUAUAAUGUUUGAUUUGUCAGCAUAAUCAGUGCAUUAAUCACUCUUCUGUUAAUGGUCAGCAUAACUUAUCACAAUUGGAACUAUAAUAUUAUAAAUAGUAAAUAUACAGACAGGGAAGAGCCCACCUGGGCUUUGUUGUUUGUGGGCUUGAUGUGAGAUGUUCCAAAAACUUCACAGUAUCUGAAUGCUGUCAUUUAUUUUUCAUUGAUUGAUUAAUGUGGUAUUCUAUGUGUUACCAUGGAUGUGAAGGCACAAAAUAUUUUUGUCUUAUCUGGACUUCACUUUGCUGUUUUUUCCUAACCUUCCCCACGAGUCAGUCCGUACCCAAUAUGUAAUACUCACAUUUGCAGUGGGUACAGUUUUAGAAGUGUAUGACACUGUGAAGUUUGUUUACUAACUGCCUGUUGUAACUACUUUCCAAGGAAACUCUUAAUUGUUGCAUAAAACAAGUGUUUGUUUCUUUGUUAAAGGUAUGCAAAAGUUAAGUAACCAUUUUUGUUUUGAACUGAGGUGCUUGUUUACACAUGGUUUAUGGUUGAUAGUUCAUCUGUGUUAGUAUUUAUUUUGAGACAUUUUCCAACACAAGAAAAGUUAUGUAAACCCCAACAUUUUCUUGCAUUGGAUAUCACACUUAAAUCCUGCAUAUGAUCAGAAUAUGGGUUUAUGUAGACCACAGCGAAUGUCCCCUCUGCCUUAAAUUGAGCUUUGCAAAAGAUUUCUAACAAAAAUGCCAUGGAACAAAAUGUAUUUAUUCUAGUCAAACUACUGGCAAGUCUUGCUAGCCACACAUGAUGUGUUUCUGUCAAUGUGUGAAAGGUAAGACUGGGAUUUUUAACCAAGGGGUGGGGUGGGGGUCAGUAGCAAAGUUUGAUUUCCUCAGUGUAAGUUUUUAUAAAUGUAUUUGGUAUUUGUAAUCAGAAUGCUGUCACACUACAGAUCCUGAUACAUUUUCUACUAAAGUCUUGUCUGCUUCCCUCACAAAUAAUUACAUAGGAAUCAGCCAAUGGGAAUUUAGACUCUAGAGACAGAGACAAAUCACAACUACGAAUUAUGGUAGCCAACUACCUGUAUGCUUUUAUAUGGGAAUCUGACAUUUUAUAGGAAGAAAACAUUACCAGUUAUCUGGUGGUUGAAUGAUACAAUGCAGACUAAACAUAUUCCUGUAAUAGGCUGGCAGACAUGUUUUUCACCACAAGCCAUAAUUUAUCCUUGCAAAAGGUGCCCUAAUUUUACAUGUCAUUAAUAGCAAGAUGUGUGACUUAAUUUCCUUAAUCAUAUAGAAAUAAAUCUUUUGUUGGGAACAUCAAAAACAAUUAAUACACAUAAAGAUAUUUGGGUUAACCAACCAACCAUUGCACAGCCACAUGUAUAUACUAACUACAUUCACAUAUAGUAUGGAGAGUGACAGAAAAUCUGUUUUGAAAAGUAUGUUUUUGUUUGCUUAUGCAGGACGAAUUUCUAGGGUUGCACAAAAGUUAUGUUUCAAAGUUUUGAAUACAAAACAUUGCACAAGAACACUGCCACAAAAAUAAUUAACAAGAAGAAUAACUACUAACUACUAGUAUCAAAGAAUUGAUUUGUAGUAAUAUUUUCAAAAAUUCUAUUUUAAAAUUUUACCCUUGCCACCUAUGAACCUUAGCAUACUUAUUACAUAAAAUUAUGCAAUUCUUAUUUUCAGUGAAGGUUGGAAUGACUUUUGUAAAGUUUGACUAUCUACUAUA